AUGGCACCGCUCUCCAAGCCGCAGCAUGCCGUGGACACCUUAUGGGGUGGAAACCUAGAUGUUGUCAAGCUGCUCCUUAACCAGGGGGCCGAUGUGAACAGCCAAGGUGAUAAAUAUGGCACUGCUCUCCAAGUCGCAGCAUGGGGUGGACACCUGGAUGUUGUCAAGCUGCUCCUUGACCAGGGGGCCGAUGUGAACGGCGCAUCAUUGCUACAUUCUGCUAUCGCUUGCGAGGACACAAAAAAACCGAAUUUACUUCUUGAAACCGGCGCACAUUUUUACAUAGACAAAGCUGAUGUUUUCAAGCAAACGCCACUUCAUAUCGCUGCUUCUCACUUCCUGGCGGCCUUUAAGAUCCUGGAAAAUUCGUUGAACCCAGCUGCCAAGAACGGAAAUGUGGACGCAUGGGCCCUCAUGCACAAUUCUAUCAACAAAGAAGACAUUGAUGGAUGUAUCCCUUUACACCUUGCUGUUGAGAAUCGCGAUUUAGGGGCUGCAGAAUGGCUUAUCAAUCAUGGUGCUGAUGUUGACAUUGAAAAUUUCAACAAAAUCACUCCAUUUCAGCGCGCCUCCCAGUUAAAAGAUUUCAGAAUGAUGAGCUACCUUUUCCCUCAUGUCACCUAA